AGAGAAGUUACCGGGAGAUAAACAACACCAGUAGUCUGAGUUAACGACCCCAGUAGUCUGAGUUAACGACCCCCCACCUCUAAUGGUCUCUUCAGGGAGGUAUUUGAUAUAUUUCUUCUCGAUUUAGUGCUCUUCCUGCCCCUAAGGUGAAGUGUACCAGUAUUCAGUGACUGAAAUGAACGAGGAAAAGUCCACAAGAAUUUGAAACAAUGAAGAAGGACAGAGAAAUUCAGAAGGCAUAUAAAUUGUCUCAUCAGAUCCUGAGUCUGACUGGCAUCAACUUUGUGCGACAAACUGUUAUUGGCUUCACUGAACUCACGCUCAUUCCUUCAAAGGAUAGCAUCCGUUAUAUAUGGCUCAACUGUAAACAGUGCUGUGUCUAUCGUGUUACCCUCAAUGACACUCUAGAAGUACAAUUCCAAUAUUUUGACCCACUCCUGGAAGUAUGUCAGCAAGAGAGCAAACAGAGAAACCUAGAUUAUCUAAACAAAUGCCAGUCAACGGGAGUAACCUCAGUGGACCCAGAAGUGGGCAGGGGGGAACUUGUCAUCGUUGUUCCUUCAGAAGCACAGCACAUGAUCCAGGAAGGAAAGCCUUUGAAAGUUGGGGUAGAGUUUUCUCUGGAGAAACCCCAGUCUGGCUUACAUUUUGUGGUUCCCAACACUGAGGGUACAUUAGUUGAGAAAGCUGCCCACAUGUUUACAUAUGGCCACGAGAACAGUGCUCGUUUGUGGUUUCCCUGCAUUGACACUUGGAGUGAAGUUUGUACAUGGCGGUUGGAAUUUACGGUAGAUGAUUUCAUGACUGCUGUAAGCUGUGGAGACCUUGUGGAGGUUGUCUACACUCAAGAUAUGAGACGUAAAACCUUCCAUUACCACCUAUCAACUCCUACAUGUGCACCAAAUAUUGCCCUUGUGGUUGGGCCCUUUGAGAUCUACGUGGAUCCUUUUAUGAAUGAAAUCACCCACUUCUGUCUCCCACAGCUGUUGCCUCUUAUGAAGGCAACGAGCAAAUAUUUACAUGAAGCAUUUGAAUUUUAUGAAGAGCUUCUCUCCACCAGGUAUCCUUAUUCUUGCUACAAGCAAGUGUAUGUUGAUGAAGCUUAUAGCAGUUUGCAUUCCUAUGCCACCAUGAGCAUUCUCGAUGUAAAUCUCCUGUGCAGCAACAGAAUCAUAGAUCAAGUUUAUGAAACCAGAAAGACAAUGGCAUUAUGUGUGGCCCAGCAGUUUUUUGGAUGUUUUCUUUCCCGUCAUGCAUGGGCUGAUGCAUGGCUAACCACUGGCAUUGCAAACUAUCUAAUGAGCCUCUAUGUGAAGAAGCAUUUUGGCUUUAAUGACUACAAGGAUUGGAUACAUAGUGAAUUGCAGGAGAUCAUAGAUUAUGAGGAAAAAUUUGGUGGUAUUGUGUUGGAUCCAAGUUCAUCACCAAAUGAGCCCCAGAAUGGACCGAAUAUGCCGGUGACAUCAAACAACAGUAGCAACAAGGACACAUUUUAUUUCUCAGUCAAGAAUCCACAUGCCAGCUCCCCUCACUAUAUCGGUGUUUAUUACAAAAAAGCUCACUUAGUCAUACGUAUGUUGGAGUAUCGUAUCGGUCAAGAAUUAAUGAUGCAGGUCUUCAACAAACAUCUGUCAUUGGCUCUAAUUGCAGUUGGCAACAAAGGUCAUCCUGCAGGCUGGUCUCACAUGCUUAUGUCUACUGCUACUUUCACAAAGGCAAUUUUUACUGUAACGGGAAAAGACAUUACGGUGUUUUGUGAUCAAUGGGUUCGUCAAGGGGGACAUGCAAAGUUCAACAUGAAGUUCCUCUUUAAUCGCAAAAGGAACAUUGUGGAAAUGACCAUUGAACAGGGAUAUAUUGGUGAGCUGGGAAUCCGCCGUUAUGUUGGGCCACUGGUGGUGUGGAUACAAGAGUUGGAUGGUACAUUCAAACAUACAUUACAAAUUGAACAUCAGGUGUCUAAGAAGGAGAUUGUCUGCCACUCAAAGUCUCGCCGGAAUAAAAAGAAAAAGAUUCCUCUUUGUACUGGUGAAGAAGUGGAUAUGGAUCUUAGUCACUUGGAUGCCGAUUCCCCAGUGCUGUGGUUACGGUUGGAUCCAGACAUGACAAUGAUGAGAGCAGUGGAAGUAGAGCAACCUGAUAAUCAGUGGCAGUAUCAGCUGAGGCAUGAGCGGGAUGUAACGGCUCAGACUGAAGCUAUCACUGCUCUUCAGCGUUUAGCCAGGCAAGGUGCUGUUACGACUGAGAUGCGAAAUACACUGAAUGCUGUGUUGGAGAAUGAGCAAUGCUUCUAUAAGAUACGAUGCAGGGCUGCUCACUGCCUUACUCGAGUGGCUAAUGCCAUGGUGGCUAAUUGGAAUGGCCCGCCAGCAAUGAUGCAGAUUUUCCGCAAGAUGUUUGGUGCUUUCUCUUGCCCUAAUAUCAUCAGGCAGCAUGACUUCACCAGCCUCCAGAAUUAUUAUAUCCUUAAGACUCUGCCAGUUGCUAUGGCUGGUCUCCGCAACACUCACAAGACUUGUCCACCAGAAGUUUUAGCAUUCCUAAUGGACCUAUUUAAAUACAGUGAUAACUCCAAGAAUCGCUAUUCUGACAACUAUUAUCGGGCAUCACUAGUGGAUGCUCUUGCUGCGGCAAUUUCUUCAGCCCCUGUUCAACAUGAUCCUGCUACCAUAACUUCUGAUACUUUGUCUGAGGACAUACGGAGGGUACUGUGUGAGAUCACGCGUUACUUAAAUCUGGAAAAGCUUUUACCAUGUUACAAGUACACAGUAACAGUAUCCUGCCUGCAUGCUAUUCGAGUUCUUCAGAGAAAUGGCCACCUACCUCCUAAAUCAGACAUCUUUAAAAGUUAUGCUGCAUAUCCUCAUUACAUAGAUGUGCGAGUUGCUGCUGUUGAACAGAUUGUAGACUUCCUUGCUCAUGAUGGCUCACGUGAGGACAUAGAUUUUUUGUUAAGUUUAGCUGAAUCAGACCCAGUCCCACGUAUUCGAUAUAUGACUCUGUUGUCAUUAGCGAAGAAUCCUCCUUUCAAAAUGGGUCAGAGUCACAAACUUGAUACUGAACACUUUGUGGAACGUCUGUGGAACAUAAUGAACUCUGGACAACCAUGUGAUUCCCGAGUGCGAUGUGCUGUAAUGGAUCUCUACUAUGCCUUGUAUGGACGCCGUAGACCCGCUUGUAUUCCAGCCUCAGAGCCUGCACUGGUACUAAAUCUCCGUAAACCUCCGCAUCCUCCCAUCCAAGCUCCAAUCAUAAUAAAGGAGGAGGAAACAGUGCUACCAGUCAAACGAGAGGCACCAAUUGAUGAUUUAUUAGAACCUAAGGUUGAAGUGAAGACAGAAAUUGCAGAAAUGCCUGUUGAAGUCAUCUUUACUGAAGAAAGCAAACCAAUUGUGAAGGAAGAUAUUGAAGUAUUUGAGGAACAUAUUGAAAGUUAUCCAACUCCCAGUGUGACACCAAGCAUUGAGGGUGAUAUGUCAGAAUCCACCACUUCACUCCCUGGUGAUAGUCAGGAUGCACAUGGAGGUGCAACAGAAGUUAGCACGUGGAUCAGGAGAGGAGGAGGAGGAGGGAGCAGAGUUGGGGAUCUCAGCCGCUCCAGUCUUCCAUGUCCUGCGAGUAAUGAAACUAUUGCCAACUGGCAAAGCGGUUUUGAACCAGACAUGUUCCGCACAGGCAGUGCCGACUCACAUGGCAACAAGUCGCAUAAGAGUAAGAAGAAGAAGAAGGAUAAGAAGCACAAGAAACAUAAGAAGCAUAAACAUGAGCACAAAGAUAAAUUGGAUAAGCUUGAUAAGUUCAUACAGGAAGAAAAUCUUAGUUCGGGUUCUUCCAACCCCCCAAGUCCUGUUUCCCCACCUAAUAUGGCAGGGAGUAUGCCAAGUAACUUAACAAGUAACUUGCAAAGCCUUAUGUCUAGUAGCUUGCAAGGUUCUAUGUCAAGCAACAUGACAAACGAUGUGACAGACAAUUUGUUUUAGUUUUCAUUCAUGUUAUUUGAAAAACAUUAGCAGUAAUUUCUAUUUUUGCUAUCAUCCUGUUAAUGAUGUUAGGGUACUAUGUUUCAUUAAAUAAUUAUUCAUUAUAUACUUAACGUGUCCUCUGUUUCACUUAGCUUAUCUCUAAGUUGUGUCUUGGGCAGGUAUACCUUGGCUCUGUUGAUAAUGCAAAAUUUAGGAUGUGUAAUGUGUAUAGAUCUGUAAGAAAUAAAUUUUUAAAACUUUAUUCCUUAUGCAUGAACAUUUAAUGAAUUUUGAGGGGAUAUUGAUACCAAUAAAAAUCCCACGCCCACUAUUGAAUAUUACCAUUGCCGUGUAUUAGAGUAUGACCUUACAACCAGACUGUCAGAAGUGUUACUCAUCCAGCUGUGUUUUGACAUUAGAACCCUAACCAACACCUAACAAUACAGUAUAUUGGCUAACGAUUAACCAAAAGAUUAGAUAUAAUGCACUGUACUCAUCCCCUACAACUAGGUCCCAAAUAAAGAUCUUAAACAUAGGCGAUAGGUCUGAAAUAGAGCAGUCAUUGCCUCAUUAGCAGUACACAUCUCUCCUGUAUCUUAUUUGUUUAAAACAGAGUUCGGUACUGACCACAACAGCAAUCCAUGCUUCUUUCCCAGCUUUGUUUACUCCGGAUGUGAGUACAGUAUACUGUAUUUGUUGUGCCUCCGCAUACUCCGAUUAGGACAAAAUAAUUGCUUUCAUACUUGUCUUUGUUAAUGUUAAGAUUUUCACAUUCUCAGGCAGAUAGUCAUUGCAUUUUCUCACAGGGUAAAGUGAUUUUCCUUUUAAUAGCAUGAGUUGUGUCUUGGUCACCCUUUGGAAUCUCAUUGGCAAAUCAGUUAUAUGGGAUUGACAUACAAAUCUAAUGUCAAGAAAUAACUCAAGUUCACCAAAGUAACUCACUCUGUUUUUGUAUGAUAGACAGAUUGAAUAUUCCUAAUCAGGCAACCCUAGAAUUUGAGCAGAGCUGCAUCAUAAUGGCAACGAGGUGUCAAUCUAUGCCUCCCUCAGUGUGGUUGCCACCAUAUGACACCAUGUCAGUAAAUGGUGCAAGGGGUGUGGUGUAGGACUCUGCAUAGGAGACUGCAUUUGAUUACCACACUAAGUAACUACUGAUGCAAAAAAUAUAAAGCAAUGAUCAUGUGUAAAUUACCCUGUAAAUAAAAAUAAUGUAUUUAAUUA